AUGGGUGCCAUAGCGGAUACGCUAACAGAAGCGGGACACAAUGUGACUAUCUUGAUGCCAGUUAUGGAUAUUGAACAACAAGAUAAAACUGGAGUGAAACUCACGCAACAUAUCAUCAAAGUCCCAUGUGAUCCGCGCGUUGCUGAAAUGAGUAAGGAUAAAAGAGAUAUACUCAGCAAGAUGUGGAUCUCACAACCCAGUAUAUUGGUAAUGUUAGAGACGGCUCAGAUUAUGACGAAGUCAUUCACUUACCAGUGCGAAAGAGUUUUCAAAGAUGAGCAGUUGAUGAAAAGACUACGAGAAGAAAAUUUCGAUGUGGGGAUUGCAGAAGCUAUGAGUGUUUGCGGCUUUGGUGAGGAUUAA